AUGAGGACUCACGAACUGCCAGGCUUGAGAGCAUUGCUCAGCUAUGUUUUGCUAGUUUCAGGUUUUCUCCUCUAUGGCCAAGCUACGUUCUACCGAGAUCCAGGCAGCCUCUUCUUCGACGAAUCUCGAGCCUUCGAAAGACAAUAUAGUUCUUACAGAGAACGUGAAGUCAGGGACUAUAUCAACGAUCUGGAUUCCACCAUCUCUACCAAGUCUCUUCGAGCAGGGUUGAAUCCAAGUGUCUGCGCAAGCUUCUUGUCUGUGAAAAGGAAUGGUGAACAACCCCUUCCGCUGGCUGUUGCGAGCGGCAUACAGGGAUUAUCUUCCUGCGAAAGAAAAGACUUAUAUUUCAACGUACUCCUAGCUCAUUCAAACACGAGCACACACCCUUCCUCUCGAAUACCUUGGCUAUCUGACAUUGUCGACAACAUCCAUGGGUAUGAUGUCCCGCUUGAACAGAGUAUUGAGCUCGAAAGACUUGAAGAGCAGAAGGACUUUUCCACGAAGGCGGUUUAUGACUACAUAUAUGCAAUGGAGAAGUGCUACGACACGAAUGCUUCAUGGAUUGUUAUCUUUGAAGAUGAUAUUAUCCUUGCCGAUGGCUGGUUUGUGCAGACCUUGCAGGCUGUUACAGAUAUUCAACAUCACAUUGCUUCCUCAAACAGUGAUUGGUUAUUUUUAAGGCUUUUCAACCAGGAACGCUCUAUUGGAUGGGCUUCUUCAAUUCCAGGAGAGAAUCAUGAGGCGUUGAUCUCGUUGCUGGUCGCUGUCCCGUUAUUGUCUGCUCUACUUUUUGUACGCAGCAGGUAUCUACAAUUUCGACGACAACUUGACAACGCAACUUUAGCGAUUAUUUGCUUCCUGGCCAUCCCGACAUUCGUCGUACUCUUCUUCCAAGCUGGCAAGGCUUCAAUGCUCCCUCCUUUACCUGGCGUGCACAAAGAGCCUUUUGGCUGCUGCUCGCAAGCACUAGUCUUCCCCAGAGAUCAAUUCCCUCGGGUUCGUGAUUACUUCUCGCGUAAACACCGAGGUCAGAUAGACCUGAUGCUAGAUGAGCUUGCCGUCAGAGAUUCACUCGAUCGCUAUGCUUUGUAUCCAGUUCAAGUGCAGCAUAUUGGUCAAAACUCGGUUCGUGGUACGGAAGCACGUGAAGCUCAGGCAAUAUGGAGUAUGGCUUUUGAGCAGCAGUCUCCGCAAGUGUUGAGCUCAGCGCACAAAAAGAUGAGAAUUGCGCUUUAUGGCGACAAAUGCUAUACUAACUAG